AUGUUCUGCCGCACUCUCGCAGAUGUGAAUGCCACGACAUCGUACCGAACCUCAAUGCAAAUAUCCAAUAUCUCUCAAAAUGAUCAAGAUAAAUCAUUCCAAUUUGAUAUUAAUAGUAUAACUAGUACGAACCCGAGCUCGAAAUCGAGAUCUGAAGUAGAUUGCAAUCCGCCAGAAUCCGAGAUACAAUCAUCCUCACUUAUGGAAGGUGACGAAUCAGGUCUCAGUACACAGAUAAUCUUUGGGAAAAGGUACAUACUCAGUGCGUUUAAUGUACCUUACAACGGGGGUAUACCAAUGUACGAUCUACAUCCCGUAUCCAAUAAUGGAGAAAGUAGAGAGAGAUGGGAUAAGGGAGAUAUAUCUCAAGUAGUUUUCAAUAAUGAUUUUGCCACUGAAAUUUCAACUUUCGUCAAUACAAAUGCGGAUACCAGUAAUUCAACCAACGUUCAAGGGGAUCCAUCGUAUAUACAUACUCCUACCAAUACUAGUACCAACGAAAGCGAAAGUGGCAGGGUGACAGUUGAGGGGUGGAUGUUUUGCAAAUCCGAAUCAGCACUUCAAGAACAACAAUCUCAAUUAGGUACAAGAGCAAGUAAGGGUGGGAAGAGUUGGAGCAGACCUUUUCGCAAAAUGGAUGAUAUCUGCAGUAAAAUGAUAGGCCAAUCUCGUUCGAGGGACAUAACAAGGUCUGACAGAUCCAGCAAGCGUCUAGGUGAUGAGUUUUAA